AUGAACUCCUCUCUGGUUGGCAACCAGAGUGGCCGGCCGUUCUGUCUCCUGGCCAUUAGCUAUUUGGAGACCAUCAAUUUUUGCCUCCUGGAAGUGGUUAUUAUUGUGUUCCUCAUGGUGCUAAUCUACUUCAUCCAGACUAUGGCGUAUGCUGACCUCCUGGUGGGCGUGAGCUGUCUGGUGCCUUCUUUGUCCCUGCUGCACUACCCUAUUGUUUUAACUGAGUCCUUGGUUUGCCAAAUCUUUGGUUACGUGGUGUCGGUGCUGAAUAGCGUCUCCAUGGCCUCUUUGGCAUGCAUCAGCAUUGACAGAUACAUUGCCAUCACGAAGCCGCUGACCUACAACACGCUCGUGACCCCGUGGAGACUUCGAAUCUGCAUCCUGAUCAUUUGGCUCUACUCCUGCCUGGUGUUCUUGCCCUCCUUUCACUGGGGAAAGCCUGGAUAUCACGGGGACGUGUUCCAGUGGUGCGCAAAUUCCUGGAACACCGAUCCCUAUUUUACCCUCUUCAUUGUGGUGAUGCUCUAUGCCCCGGCUGCUUUCAUCGUCUGCUUCACUUACUUCAACAUCUUCCGCAUCUGCCAGCAGCACACCAAGGAGAUCAACGAAAGGCGAGUGCGCUUCAGCUCUCAGGACGGGGAGGCUGGGGAGGCGCAGCCCUGCCCGGACAAGCGCUACGCCAUGGUUCUUUUCCGCAUCACCAGCGUCUUCUACAUCCUCUGGUUGCCCUACAUAAUCUAUUUUCUGCUGGAGAGCUCCAACGUCUAUAGUAACCGCGUUGCAUCCUUCUUGACCACUUGGCUUGCCAUUAGCAACAGUUUCUGCAACUGUGUCAUUUACAGUCUCUCCAACAGUGUCUUUCAAAAGGGGCUUAAGCGUCUCUCGGGGGCUAUUUGUGCCUCUUGCGCUAGACAGAGGGUAGCUAAGGACUCCUCUACCUCUAGGAGCAAAAGAUCUUCCAAUGGAUGUCAUGUCUAAGACACCUGUCUGCGGGACUGGGAAGUGCAGGGACAAUUCCAUAAAUGGCAAAAUAAGUUAAAUACAAUUUUAAGAUGUCCAGAUUUGCAAAAAGGUUUCUGAAAAAUGCUGCUGACGUGGAAGAAUCAGGAGCACAUAUCAUUGUGAUUUCACUUUAAAAAAAAAAUAUUGCUGUGGAGGAGGCUGUGGAGUUUCACCUCCAUGUUCGUUUUUAAGAAUAAAGCUGUAUCUUGACACUUACCUCUCCAGCUGGUGUGACUGAAUGGAGUGGGUGUCUGAGAGCUUCGGCAAAAUGUAGUCUUUCUUACAGCUUUACUGGGUUCUUUGGAGAUUCGUGCUUCACAUGUAAAUGAUAGAUCUGAAGUGGAAAUAUCACAGUAUAUGGUGUAUUACAGGGAUUUUUAAUAU